UGGUAUGUCGCACGCCUCGCUGCAAAAGCAACAAAAGCACUCACUCGCACGCAGUCCAACCCCACCCAGAUCUUUGCGGAGGAUGUCACAGAGGAGAAGGGCGAGAAUGCGCGUCUCUCGGCCUUUGUAGGAGCCAUCGCCGUCGGAGACUUGGUCAAGAGCACACUGGGCCCCAAGGGCAUGGACAAGAUAUUACAGUCUGCUUCUACCGGCGAGAUCAUGGUCACAAACGACGGCGCUACCAUCCUCAAAGCGAUUGCCCUCGACAACGCCGCUGCCAAAGUCUUGGUCAACAUCUCAAAAGUCCAAGAUGACGAGGUCGGCGACGGAACGACAUCAGUCACUGUCCUUGCCGCCGAACUGCUGCGAGAGGCCGAGAAGCUGGUCGACCAGAAGAUCCACCCCCAGACUAUCAUUGAGGGCUACAGGAUAGCAAGUUCUGCGGCUCUCAAAGCCCUGGAGAAGAUCGCCGUGGACCACAGCAGCGACGAGCAGGCUUUCAGGAAAGAUCUCGAGGCCAUUGCCCGAACAACUCUGAGCUCAAAAGUGCUCUCGCAGGACCGACAACAGUUUGCGAAACUUGCCGUCGACGCCGUCCUCAAGCUGGGGGGAUCGACCGACCUCACGCACAUUCAGAUCAUCAAAAAGGCUGGCGGAAAGUUGAAGGACUCGUACCUGGACGAGGGAUUCAUCCUGGACAAGAAGUUCGGUGUGAACCAACCAAAGCGGAUAGAAAACGCAAAGAUUCUGGUUGCCAACACAGCCAUGGACACAGACAAGAUCAAGAUCUUCGGUGCACGGGUCAAGGUCGACUCGACAGGCAAGCUCGCUGAGCUGGAGAAGGCUGAGCGCGAGAAGAUGAAGGCCAAGGUUGAGCGCAUCAAGGCACACGGCAUCAACUGUUUCGUCAACCGACAGCUCAUCUACAACUGGCCAGAGCAACUCUUCGCGGAUGCUGGCAUCUGCUCCAUCGAGCAUGCCGAUUUUGACGGCAUUGAGCGCCUAGCCCUAGUCACUGGUGGAGAGAUCACUUCGACCUUUGACCACCCAGAAAACGUCAAGCUUGGCCACUGCGAUCUAGUCGAAGAGGUCAUCAUCGGAGAGGAUGUGUUGAUCAGAUUCUCGGGCAUCAAUGCCGGGCGGGCAUGCACCAUCGUCCUCCGCGGUGCAACCGAGCAACUUCUCGACGAGGCCGAGCGAUCGCUACACGACGCACUUGCCGUUCUGUCACAGACGAUCAAAGAGCCAAGGACAACGCUGGGUGGUGGCUGCGCCGAGAUGAACAUGGCAAAGGCCGUAGCGGAAGCGGCACAAAACGUGGCUGGCAAGAAGGCUAUCGCUGUCGAGUCCUUCUCCAAGGCGCUCCAACAACUACCCACCAUCUUGGCCGACAACGCUGGUUUCGACUCGAGCGACCUGGUUACACGUCUCCGGAAAGCUGUCUACUCGGGCUUGACCAGCUCAGGUCUGGAUCUCUUGUCCCCUGGAGGUGGCAUUACGGACAUGAGGGAGCUUGGCGUCAUUGAGAGCUACAAGCUGAAGCGCGCGGUGGUGUCGUCAGCAUCAGAGGCUGCAGAGUUGCUGCUGCGAGUAGACAACAUCAUCCGAAGCGCACCACGGAGACGUGAGCGCAUGUAA